AUGCCAGAAUCAUGUAAUGGCCUUUUUUAAGUCGUAUACCAUUGCAUUGAAUUGUACGAUUUAUCAUAAUUUGAAAAACAAAGCCAGCAUCUUGUCUAGCAACAAUCCUGGUAAUGUGUUUUGUUCAUUAAGACAAUAUUGUUCAAAGAGCAUCAUGAAGGUUCUCAAUGUUGCUGAAAAACCUGAUGCUGCUAAAAAUAUUGCUGGUUAUUUAUCGCAUGGAACCAGCAGAAGGAGGGAAGGUUUCUCCAAAUACAACAAAAUCUUUGAAUUUAAUGUGCAACUAUGGGGUCAAAACUGUCAAAUGGUGAUGACAUCUGUGUCUGGCCACUUAUUAGGUCAUGAAUUUACAGGAGGCUAUAACAAAUGGCACAGCUGUCAUCCAUUAAAUUUAUUUGAUGCUACAGUAUCUAAACAGUGCUUAGAAGAGAGUCAUAUAAAUAUUAAGAAAACCUUGGAGCGAGAAGUACGAUCUUGUAAUACAUUGAUUAUUUGGACAGAUUGUGACAGAGAAGGAGAGAACAUAGGUUUUGAGAUUAUUCAGGUCUGCCAAGCAGUCAAGCCUCAUAUACAUAUAUAUAGAGCAAAAUUCUCAGAAAUUACGAGACCGUCUAUUGAAAGAGCUUUGCAAACUUUGACACAGCCAGAUAAGGCGAUGAGCGAUGCUGUAGAUGUAAGAAGCGAAUUAGAUUUACGAAUUGGUGCGGCGUUCACGAGAUUUCAAACCUUAAGAUUGCAGAAAGUGUUUCCCAACACUCUUGGAGAUCUGCUUAUCAGUUACGGAAGUUGCCAGUUUCCAACGCUUGGAUUUGUAGUCGAGAGGUUCCUUGCCAUUGAUCGCUUUAAGUCCGAACCAUACUGGAAACUAAAAGUGAUGGACGAUCAUGAAGGGAUAUCUGUAGAAUUCAGAUGGGCCAGGGUAAGAUUGUUCGAAAAAGUGCCUUGUCAGAUAUUUCUGGACAUAUGCUUGGAACAGCCGGAAGCUACAGUGGAGAAAGUAACAUGCAAACCAAAAAGCAAAUGGAGACCUCUACCGCUAGAUACUGUUGAACUGGAAAAGCAAGGCUCUCGUAAGUUACGCAUAAACGCAAAGGAGACAAUGAGGAUAGCGGAAAGAUUGUACACCCAAGGUUUUAUUAGUUAUCCACGCACGGAAACAAAUAUAUUUCCAAAGGAAUUGAAUCUAAGAUCCUUAGUAGAGCAACAAGUAAACAAUCAGGAAUGGGGUAACUUUGCGGAAAAUUUACUGGAAUCUGGAAUAACUCCCAGACAAGGGAAAAAGAGCGAUCAAGCGCAUCCUCCUAUUCAUCCUACGAAGUAUACCGACAGUUUGCAUGGAAACGAAGCUAAGAUCUACGAAUUUGUGGUUCGACAUUUUUUGGCUUGUCUGUCGAAGAAUGCGGAGGGCCGAGAAACAACAAUAGAAAUUAAUAUAGCGGGAGAGAAGUUUAUGGCUAACGGUCUUGAAAUCAUAGCAACGAAUUAUCUUGACGUGUACAUAUAUGAGAAAUGGAACAAUAAACAGAUUCACUUUUACGAGCAGCAGCAAGUUUUCCGACCAACUAGUAUUGAUAUGGUGGAAGAGAAAACUUCAGCACCGAGUUUAUUAACUGAGGCUGAGCUGAUCGCACUGAUGGACAAACACGGUAUUGGUACAGACGCUACACAUGCUGAGCAUAUUGAUACCAUCAAAUCCAGGCAAUAUGUGGGCUUAACGGAUACUCAACAUUUCAUGCCAGGCAAAUUGGGAAUUGGUUUAGUUAUGGGUUAUGAUAAUAUGGGCUUCCAAAUGUCCAAGCCACAUUUGCGUGCGGAUCUAGAAAAAGAUUUACAACUGAUAUGCCAGCGUCAAAAAGACCCGAAUGAAGUAUUACAACAUCAAAUUAAUAAAUAUCGCGAAGUGUUCCAAGUGGCUAUAGAACGCGCCAAUUUGAUAGACGAUUCUUUAGCACACUAUCUCGACGAAAGACCUCUCCAAACCGAGGGAACACAACUUGCUCCAAUGAUUACUACUAUAUUUAAAUGUCCAAAAUGCGGUUCUGACAUGAUUUUAAAACAGAGACGACAAGGCAGAGGAAAAUAUAUCACCUGUUUGGGAUAUCCAGCAUGUACCAAUGUAAUUUGGUUUUCAGAAGCAGUAGAGGAUGUGGAAGUUCUAAACGAAACAUGCAAUCUGUGUACAGAAAAUAUACGCAAAUUAAAAUUCAAAUUAGUCAGGAAUGUGAUACCUUUGUAUGGUACCUCUUAUACAACUUGUAUAGGCUGUGACACUACGUUUAACGAAAUGUUAAACAUUAAAGAAGAUUGUAUUAAACAAACUGGAAGAGCGAAUUAUACUGUUCAUAAUAAUACAAGGGAUAUAUUAAGCUCCGCUUCAAAUACAUCUCUACCUACCUCAAGUACAUCUCAAUCACGAAAUACCCAGCCAAUUUCUAGCAGUACAGAAUUUGUACAAAAUAACAAUAUUAGCUUGAUCGGAACUUCUGCUACAUCCAGAAGACCAAACACGCAAAACCAGAAUUCUAAUAUUUCUCAGCCGAAUAGCUCGAAUAGGCCAAGUACUAUCAAUAGAAAUACAACAUCGGACAAUAGAGAAAAUCAUUUUUCUUGGAUUAAUUCUGAUUUCAACAAUCCAGGGAACAGAGCAAAUCAAUCCACGUUCAGAAAUCCUCACAAUACGAACAAUGUAAAAGAUAUAUGGGGUAAUACAGACGAUGAUGCUGAGAUUAUGUGUCACUGUCAUGAGAUUGCAAUCCAAUUAACAGUUAGAAAAGAGGGACCAAAUAAAGGACGUCUGUUUUACAAAUGUGCUAAACCGCAGGGGAGCGGUUGCAGUUUUUUCUUGUGGGGAUCUGACAGCGCCGAAUCUAACACAACGAACGAACAUUCCUCUUGGGAAUCUAGUUGGAAUAGAAACAACGAUGGUGCUAGCACUUCUAAUAACGAUUGGGGAAAUCCAUCUAUGAAUAAUAUUAUGUGCAAUUGUAAUCAGCCCGCUCGAAAGUUAACAGUUUACAAAGAUGGCCCCAAUAAGGGACGGCAUUUUUAUGGAUGUCCCAAGGGUGUAGGUUCCACUUGUAAUUUUUUUAAAUGGGCAGAUGAGAAUGAUGCUGACGAUAAUCAUACGGAUUGGAGCAAUUCCACUGCAAGAGGAACAGGAAAUAGAGCUCGAAACAAGUUUCCACAAAAAGGUAGUGCUCCUAAAAGACCCAGACCCACCGGAGGCAAGAGAAAGUGUGGAAAUUGCGGAUUAGAAGGUCAUACGAAGAAGAAAUGUCCGAAUAACGCGAUGGACUGACGAAUGAAUUUUUUUCAAUACAAUAUUGUAAAUAAUGUACAGUUUGUAAUUAUUAAUCGUUUAAUGUUGUUUUAUAGUUCAUAUCUUAGUAAGC